AUGAUUGGUGAGCUCUGCCCUUCAUGGGUGCCAAAUAACAGACCAUGUCUUGUCUCUGAUAUCGCGGAUCCCUUCCUAGACUCCACUUUUACAAAAGAAGAACUUAGUUUUGCUUUGGCGGAUGUGAAGCUCUCAUCAAGUCCAGGGCUUGACGGAAUUGACUAUAAAAUGAUUGUUCAACUUCCGAAUGAGGCUAAGCUGGUGCUGCUCGAGUUGCUUAAUCAGAUAUUUACGUCCCAAGAUCAUCAGAAUACUAACACGGCAAUUGAGCGAGUGAAAGAGGCAAUGGACGAUGUGUGUAGCUACCUUGACAGCCUUGGACUAGAUCUUUCUGUUAAGAAAACCCAAUUUUGUAUUUUUGACAAAAGAAAUGGUAGAAAGGUUAACUCACCUAAGUGGAAUAUAACCGUUAGAGGAGCAGCCUGGGGCUACUCCUCGUCUACACCGUGCAAUGUAAUUCUAGCUGAGGCAAAAGAGCCCCCGCUUGAUAUCAGAUUUAGAUAUUUAGCCUCAAACUUCUUGGCCAGAGCAGCAUCUAGAAUUGAUCACAAGGUUUUACUCGUUUUACAAGAGGUGGCAGACCUGGAAGAUACUCCAACCCUAAUUAACAGAGACGGCCGGGUCAACCUUGUCGUUAGCUUCCGCGAAAUUGACAAAUACAGGCAUUUGAUUAUGUCAUCCAACGGUCCACUAUGCUAUGAGUAUGGAUUCGAAUCAAUUAUGCAUCACCCGCAGGUAUCAUUCGAUGAAGGAGAGGAAAUUAACGGAUCUAAAAGGUGUCAGGAGCUAUUUAGAGACAUCUUUGACGAGUUUUUGACAAGUUGGACUUGUAUAUUCACUGAUGGUUCUAAAGAUGAUAAGGCCCCAUUUGGGGGAUUCUCUGUCGUCUUACCUUUGGAAGAAGUGGAACUAGAAUUUAGAGCUCCCAGACAAGCUUCAAUUUUCACCCUAGAGGUAAUGGCUAUUUACCACGCCCUUAAAUUUAUCGAGCAAUCUCCGUUCAGAUGUUUUACUCCAGGAGUGUACUUCAAGCCCUGGUGUCUGACAAAAUGGUGGGUAAAAAAUCCUAUUUAG